AUGGCCCUCGAAAGAAUCCAGUUUACUGCCUCAACAAGCAAUAUCGUGCCCAUCUACCAGCUGAUCUCGUCUAUAUUGCCUUUUGGAGGCAGCUGUUUGCUGAACAUCACGCAAAAUGGGCUCUGUUUCAGCGUCGUCGACAAUAAUAUCUGCAAAGUGUAUCUCACGUUAGAUAAACGACUAUUCAGCAGUUUCCAAUUCUACCCGAUCCAUGUCAAAAAAGAGCGCAUAUUACUUUCAGACGAAGAGGAAAGCACCACUGAUGACGAUGCCGAGUCUCUAGACUCAAGACAGAGCGUGUCUGUCCAUCUUGAUCUCAAGUCCCUGAUCGAGACAAUCAAUAUUCAUAUCCCGGGCGACAAAGAUAAUCCAGAGCUGCGCACAAAGUGUAUUUUGAGCUACAAGGGCGACGGGUCGCCGUUUAUACUCACCUUUGAAGACGACUUCAUUAUUGAGCGCUGCGAGUUGACCACGCUGUUUAUCGAUCCGGCCGAUUUCGAGUCUGAAAUCACAGACUCUCAAACGGGAUCUGCCUAUUUCCAGCUCGACUCGUCCAAAAAGGUUAUGGAGCUCACCCUACAAUCGUCCCUGGUCUACGACGCGCUCAGAGACAUGAAGGAUUUGAGUACCGAGGAACUGAUUCUUUACUGCUCCAACAUGCAGUCGGAACAUCAGAGAAAACUUGUCUUGAUCUCCAAGUCUGAAGAUGCAUCGAUAGGAUACUCCAAGCUUGUGUUUCCGUCAAGAAAGCCGUUUUUGAAAGACAUGCAGUUGUACAAGCCGGAGCUCGUCGACGAGGAGCAGACUCACAUGGUCGUCUGUUCCACAACGAUCUCGUCAUUCUACAACUUCAGCUAUUUUGCCAAGAUCCUGAGAGCGAUAAAGCUAUCAAAGUCCAUCAAAAUCCGCAAAGAUCUCGCUGGCCUAACCUCUGUGUCCCUUUUGCUGGGCUCGUCCAGCUUGAAUGGGUCCAACUUAUCAUCUAACGACGGCAAGAACCUGUUUUUUGGAACCAGCAUCGAGUUCAUCACGCUAGAGUCUCUUGCAAACGAAGAAGUCGAAUACGAGCGCGCAAAACACGGCUACAAUAACCAAUUCGUGGAGCAGAUGAUAAGAGAGGACGAAAACGUCAAAGUUAUCAAAAUUGCACGGAACGGCCAGCUCACUACCAUCGACGACUACUUCCAGUCGGUCAUCACUCAGUCAGCAGCCCCAAGCUCCGCGGGAGAGCCAGUGGAUCUGCAAAUCACCAAAGAACUGGCUCAGUCUGUGCUGGGACACAGUCCGGCGCCAGAACCGGUUCCUAAGGAGACAAAAGGAAAACAGACAAAGAAACGAAAGCUCGAGGGCCGCAAGAACAACAAGUCGGACAAAGCAGACAGACUACAGACCGUUGGUGGAGCAGUUGAGAUCCCGCUAUUUAUUUAG